GGAGGAGGAGGAAGAAGAACUACAUUUCCCGCCGGCCCCGAGGGGGUCGGGGCGGGUACAAAGCGGGCGCUACCUGUGCUACCUGUCCCGGCAGGUGAGCACCGACAGGCCCGCCCGGGAGCCGCGAUGCCUUUCCCCAGCUCCAGCGCGGACGAUGCCUUCGACUACCUCUUCAAGAUCAUCCUGAUCGGGGACUCCAACGUGGGGAAGACCUGCGUGGUGCACCGCUUCAAGACGGGGCAGUACAACGAGAAGCAGCAGAACACCAUCGGCGUCGACUUCACCGUGCGCUCCCUGGACAUCGACGGCAAGAAAGUGAAGAUCCAAGUGUGGGACACAGCUGGUCAAGAACGCUUCCGGACAAUAACCCAGUCUUAUUACAGGAGUGCCCACGGGGCCAUCCUUGCCUAUGACCUUACUAGGAGGUCCACAUUUGAAUCCAUUCCUCACUGGAUUCACGAAAUUGAAAAGUAUGGUGCUGCAAACUUGGUCAUGAUGUUAAUUGGGAACAAAUCUGAUUCACUGGAUCAGCGCCAAGUCCUGUUUGAAGAUGCCUGCACACUGGCAGAGAAGCACGGGCUCUUAGCUGUACUGGAGACAUCAGCAAAAGAAGCUCAAAACAUAGAGGAGGUGUUCACAUUAAUGGCUAAGGAGCUAAUGGCCCGAAAUACCUUACAGCUUCAUGGAGAGAACCCUCCAAACAGCAUCUAUCUCGAUUCCAGGCCAGUGAUUGCCAGUCCAAAUGUAGAGAAGAACCAGUGCCUCUGUUAAAGAAAGAUUUCAGGAAGAACUUGGAAGCUGUCUUUCUUCUGAGGCUGUUUGAUUUCAUUUUAAUCAGUUGAUGAAAGUAUGCUAUGUGACCUCAAGCCACCUCUUGAUAUCUCUACCUUGCAGUUUGGUUUGUAUCUUCAGAGAUUGUUGUUGCUGUUGGUAGCACAGGUUGCUUUGAACAUGGCAGCUGACACAACACAAAACUUCUGACUGAGAGGACCUGGAAAACUGCUGGCCAUUGCCUUAACCAAAGCAAACUAUAAAAAUGACUGCCUUUAAUUAUAUCCUUAAAUGAGUUUCUGGCUGUGUCAGAAGAUAAAUUUGUAGCAAAGCACUGCAUUGAUUUGACCCUUCUAAGCUAUGUUGGUUGUUCUAGUGCAAGCACUUUACUCUCUGCCAGUACCUUUAAAUGACACGUGCUUGGACAGCCCUAACCCUACUGCUGCUUAAACUUCCAUUUAGGGAUGGUCCUGAUGUCAGGCAUGUAGCCACCUGGUCCAGGGAACUUAGUAACAUUUGUGAAAGUACAUGAUUUCACAUCUGUACCAAUUUCCUCAGCAGAAAAACCUGUAGAUGUCCCUGGAGUUUCAUAGCAGAUGGAAUACGAUACGUUAGUGAUCCCAGCCUUCUUUCUAGGGUGAGAAAAGUUGUCUUUCAUCUUGCUCUCUAAUUAUAGGGAUUGUUUCCAGUAGUGAUAUCUUGAUAUAUAGACUUGCUAGGAGUAGCGAAGCUUCCAAGGCACCAGUAAUGGUCUGAAUCAAUGCUGAGGGGAAAGGACUUCCCCCCUGACACUCCCCAACCUUGUCUUGCUUUUGAUGUGUUGAUUUUAAUCAAGAGUCUUCAGUAGUUUGUGUGUCGGGCCAAUGGCACCUUGAGAGUACAGCUGUAGACUUUUCCAAGGGAGUGUGAAGAAGGGAUUCAAGCUCCUGUAAAACUCAGCAAGGGAUAAGAUGGUUUAAUUAUGUAACCUCGCCUUAGAGAAGUAAGGGAAUGGUAUGGCUACCCCUAGGCAAGUAUAUAUGCUACUGCUAUGGCGACGGAACGUCUUGGUAGCAGUGGGUUUUGUAUUGCUCCUCCCAAACGCAAGCUCUGCAAAUGGGGCUCGCUUCUUCUAAUGUACUAGAACUGAAUGAAGGGUUUAGGGGUUUGGGGUUUUGUUUCUUUUUGCUUUUGUUUUUUUAACAGUAGAUGGAAACAGGGAAGGGGAUGGAGGAAAGAAAUAUGAUAAAGGAAGCUUUUUUUACUGCAGUCCAUGUACCAGGAUGUAUUGCUUACUGUUAAGCUAUGAACCAAAACUCAAACUCUGCAAUGGUAAAAUACAGUCUGGGUUACAUGCAAAAAAAGCCCUGGGAAGGCUGGUAUGCUGCUAGCUUACCAAAUGGGAGUCUGCCCAUUUCACAAGUUCUUACAAAUUAGGGGAAAAUAUGUAGCAAGUAUUUCUGGAAAAUCUUCUCUGGGAAACACAAAAAAUAAAGCUGCGUAAGUCAAUGA